AUGGUCUCUCACUCGGUCAACAAGACCGCCCUCCACCCAGGUGGUGUCGAGCCAUCCCGCGAGCACACGGAGCUCGAGGAAGAACUACAUACCUCCGCACAUAUCGACUACGACCGUGUGGCCAUCGUUGCGAACCCAUCAGUAUCUGCUCUAUAUGAGGAUGCUCUGGUUUACGAGACUGGCACUGCAAUCACCUCGACAGGAGCCCUGACGGCAUACUCAGGCUCCAAGACUGGCCGCUCCCCACUAGAUAAGCGUGUGGUUAAAGAGGAAGGGUCGGAGAAGGAUGUUUGGUGGGGACCCGUCAACAAACCCAUGUCGCCGGAGGUCUGGAAGAUCAACCGAGAACGAGCUGUUGACUAUCUCAAUACCCGAAACCGCAUCUAUGUCAUCGAUGGCUUCGCCGGCUGGGACGAGCGGUACCGCAUCAACGUCCGCGUUGUCUGCGCCCGUGCCUAUCAUGCACUAUUCAUGCGCAACAUGCUCAUCAGACCAUCACGCGAAGAGCUGAAGAACUUCCACCCCGACUAUGUCAUCUACAACGCCGGAUCCUUCCCUGCUAACCGAUACACGACUGGGAUGACCAGUGCAACCAGUGUUGCCAUCAACUUUGCUGAGAAAGAGAUGGUUAUCCUCGGCACCGAAUAUGCUGGUGAGAUGAAGAAAGGUAUCUUCACAGUCCUCUUCUACGAGAUGCCCGUCAAGCACAACGUCUUGACCCUGCACUCCUCGGCCAACGAGGGCGAGAAGGGUGAUGUGACUGUUUUCUUUGGAUUGUCUGGCACUGGCAAGACAACGCUCUCAGCCGAUCCUAAGCGCAAGUUGAUCGGUGACGACGAGCACUGCUGGUCAGACAAGGGCGUCUUCAACAUCGAGGGAGGUUGUUACGCCAAGUGCAUUGGUCUGUCCGCGGAGAAGGAACCUGAUAUCUACAAUGCCAUCCGCUUCGGCUCAGUCUUGGAGAAUGUCGUCUUCGAUCCCGAGACCCGAGAUGUCGAUUAUGAUGAUGCCACCCUGACAGAGAAUACUCGCUGCGCAUACCCCAUCGACUACAUCCACAACGCCAAGAUUCCCUGCAUGUCGGACAACCACCCCUCCAACAUCAUCCUCUUGACUUGCGACGCUCGUGGAGUGUUGCCGCCGAUCUCUAAGCUGAACACUGCCCAGACCAUGUUCCACUUCAUCUCCGGUUACACAUCGAAGAUGGCAGGAACUGAAGACGGCGUCACUGAGCCUCAAGCUACUUUCUCGUCCUGCUUUGCGCAGCCCUUCCUGGCCCUGCACCCGAUGCGCUACGCAAAGAUGCUCGCUGACAAGAUCUCCGAGCACAACGCCAACGCGUGGUUGCUGAACACCGGCUGGGUUGGUGCCGGUGCUACCACUGGUGGCAAGCGUUGCCCGUUGAAAUAUACCCGUGCCAUCUUGGACGCCAUCCACUCUGGAGAGCUUGCCAACGCUGAGUAUGAAACCUAUGAUGUGUUCAACCUCAGCGUUCCCAAGACGUGCCCCAACGUGCCCGAUGAACUUCUCAACCCCAAAAAGUCGUGGACUGGUUCCGCCGACUUUGGCGAGGAGGUGACCAAACUGGGCAAAUUGUUCAACGAGAACUUUGAGAAGUACGCGAGUGAAGCCACCGAGGAGGUCCUCAAGGCUGGACCUUCCACGUGA